UAUAUAUAUAAAUUCACUUCCAACGUUCCCACCAUCAAUCUGAUACCUACUAUUUUUCUCUUCUCAAGAACUUCCCAGCUUGCUUUCGUAACCAUUAAUUAUUUCAUUGGUUCUGAUAUUAAGUACACAAAAAAUGGGAGUUGGAGAGUACUGGUCUGACUUCAUGGGUAGUGGCAACCAUCAACAGUACAACAUCAAGAACAAAAAGCAAUUUCAGACCGUAGAGUUGAGGGUGAUGAUGGAUUGUGAGGGCUGUGAGCUCAAGGUUAAGAAAGCUCUCUCUUCAUUAGAUGGAGUGAAAUCGGUGGAGAUAAACAGGAAACAGCAGAAAGUGACAGUAACUGGUUAUGUGGAACCAAACAAGGUCCUAAAGAAGGCCAAGUCAACAAAGAAGAAGGCUGAGAUUUGGCCUUACGUGCCUUACAACAUGGUGGCUCAUCCUUACACUGUUCAAGCUUAUGACAAGAGGGCUCCUCCGGGGUAUGUGAGAAGAGUGGACUACUUUGCCACCGUUGGAACCGUGACAACAUAUGAAGAUCCUUACACCACCAUGUUUAGUGAUGAAAACCCAAAUGCAUGUUCUAUCAUGUAGACAUACAUGCACUAGACACUUAGAUUAUUAUUAUUAUAAGAAAAAUAAAACAAGUGGUGUUUUACUGUUUUUGGCACGGGCAUGUAAAUUUUUCAAGUCCAAAAUUUAGUUUAUUUUGUUUUAAGGUAUUUGCUAUAGUGUAUACUGUGUAGUGUAUACAUUGAGAGGAUGUGAAGAGACGUUGUUGCAGUGUGUAGUCUUGAUGUUUGGGACUUGAAUUUGGGUUUGGUUGUUACUUGUUUAGGGAGGCAACCUUUGAUUUGAUGAGUUAUGUUGUUUCAGAUUCAGAGACUUUACGUAUGAUUUGUGAUCUUCUUUGUUUUCAA